CCAUUCUUUCAAAAAAAGUAGCGCGGUAACCAACUGUCAGAAAUGUAUGCAUUUUCAUAGGUAUUUAUUUGAAUAUUGCUAGUCUUGUAUGAAUUUAAUUGUCUGUGUUAUUGUAUACUCCUUUUUAUUCUGUAAAUUGGCGUGUCAUUAUAACCAUUUAAUGGUAUAUCUCGACCAAGAUAAUAUUUCAUUACGUUCCAUCACAUUACGUUACGUACCGUUACAUUAAGUUACGUUACUUUACACUACAUAACGUAACGUUACCGGUUACAUUACAUUACAUUACAUUAUUCACAGAUAAGAAUACUUUGCCAAUCGCAUCAUCUUGGGAUAGUCCGGCAUUCUACAGGCUGAGUCAUAACGUGUAAUGACAGUAGACAGACGAGCAGAUUCCCCUUUAUGGUAGCACAGUUAGAGCAAAUAAGGUAAACCGAAACUUCAAAACCGAUGCUAGUUCUAUGGACCGAGACACCGAGUCAUGGAUUUUGCAGACGAACAUUUUGUACUUGCACACCUGCAGAUUCUUAGGAAAUGUAUGCAGGAAAAAAACCUGAAGCCAUUCUCCUAGUGUACCUAUAAACCACCAACAUUUUUGGUGAAAUUUACAGCGAUUUGAAGAUUUUUGUUGCAACAACAGAAAAUUAGACGCUUAUGAUUAAAAUAGUGUGCAUACUUACCCUCAGUAGACGUGUGCUCAGGCACCUUCCCUCUGUUAAAUCACAUAUACGUGACUUUUCUUUAUUCCUUUCAAGCAAAGGGGUCAUAGGACAUAGGACAUGCUGACAUUGUUUUUUGUGCUCAAUAACCUGAAAAGUCUCAUCGAAAGAGAAGAUUCGCGACUUGAAAGUUACCAUCGUAAGGAUCUUGGAUUUUUCCGUUGCUGUUCUCUUUGUACGUACAGGCCUCUGACCGAUCUUCGCAUUCCAUUCGCAUUUGGGUUUCUCUGUUUACUCCUGUUGAUUCACGUACCUACGCGUUGUGCUGAUCGGUGAACCCUGUGGGUAAGAGGCUCAUGGUUCCUCCUCUCGCAGGUUCUCAAGGUUCGAGGGAACGUUCCGAACAAUGCGCUUGGACCUUGGUGUUCGUAAUCCAUGUCUUCCCAUGGAUCUCAAAACCUUCCGACGGGAGAAACCAGAGACUUGGAGAAACAGCUUUCAUAUGCCCUUUCACCUUUUGCCUACGAAAAUUGAAUAACCAAACUCAUAAAUAUGUCAUAUAACUCCAUAUCUUUGCUUUGCACACAAGGGAGCACUAAUACGAGUUGUACCAUUACCACCUGUAGGGAAUGGUUGUACCUUCUAAAAUAAAUUUCAGCUAGUGUCAUGAUGUCUACGAAUUUUGUUUUUAUUAGAAACAAUUUUACAAUUUUAUACCUGCCUACAGAGAGAUACUUAAAAAAACGUAUGUAAUAUAAAAUGGGAGACAAGAAAAAGCAAGCAGACGACGACGACAGAGACUAUAGAGUUGAAUUCCUGUUCAAUUACUUGUCAAAAUCAUGGAAACUAAAAACCGAUAAAUGGAAUAAGAUGUGGGGAACGGAUGAAUACGCCAGAAUAAUUCUAAACUUCUUCAAUAAAGCCGAUGCGCCCAGGCUCAUAAUGAUGACCAAUCUCGGCGGCCAAUUGGUUCCCGUUACCGAUUUUCCCUCAAAUUUGAAGACGAAGUGUUCGUACUUUAUCCGAAAAAAGAACGCCGUUAUUACUGCGACAAAUAUCAGGGAGGUACUUUUUAUGGGCGACAAAUCCCCAAAGCCGAUUGAAGAACUGUCGGCUUUGGUUGAACACGGUUUACUACCCUUUAUCAGUAAUCCGGAUAAUCGGGCACAAUGGCCAUCUGAAGUUGUGGAAGAUAUGAUCAAACAUGUCUACGCCUUCAAAAAUAAGCUUAUUCAGAUUAAAGGAGCUAUACGUGGACAAACUGUGCUGCCUAUGCCGCCCGGAAUUGACAAGAUUUAUGACGCUUCACUGCAGUUUAGAGAAUCGGGCGGCGCGGAAGUAGAUUUGGGGUUAAAAUCCUCAAUCGAAGGAAGCGUACUUCAGUGGACUUCUUUGUGCAAUGAUGUCCUGCAGCAAACGUCGGAGGAAGCACUCGCGCACGGAGAAAAUCCCACGCCUAUUGCGGAAUUUAACUUUUGGAACAGCAGAUUGAAAAACUUGGAGAGUAUUUUCGAUCAGUUCCGAGACCCAAGAGUGAAAAAGAUGAUCCUUUAUUUAGAACUGACCAACAGCUCAUAUUUAUCGUGUUUUAAAUGUAUAUUUCAAGACGUUGUAGCGGCGAUUCUUGAGGCAAAGGAUAUAUGUAUGUACCUCAAGGCCGUAAGACCUCACAUUGAAAAGUUGGAUGAAAGCGAAUUUCUGGAAACGAGACCUUUUAUUAAACCUCUAGUGCACUGCUUAGGGCUACUCUGGGGGAACUCUCAAUACUACUGCACGAGUGCUCGAAUGGUAACAUUACUAAAAGAAAUUGCAAAUCAAAUUAUUAUUGCUGCUUCGACACAACUGGAUCCGGGGUCGAUAUUCCAAGUCGAACCCGAAGAUAUGCUCAUAAAGGUCGACAAAUGCAUAAACCUGAUCGAAUUCUUCCACUCAUGUUUCCACGCAGUCCGUGAAAAUGUAGCCUCUUAUUUUCGAAAAGCCGAAUUACAACCUAAACCGUGGACUUUUCAUCCAAGGACUGUAUUCCAACACUUGAUGGACUUUACCGAACGAUUGCGGCUCGUACGAUCUAUUAUCGCCACAAAUAUAGAAUUUCAGAAAUUAGAAAAGGUUGAAAUUGGUGGUAUCAAAGGUCGCGUUCUUUCGAAACAAUGCGAAGAAAUUUUUGAAGAAUUUACCAGAGUUUAUGUUCAUUUCGUGCAAAUGACUUAUGACUUUUUAGAUCCUGCGAACAACCAAAUAGUCGCCGACAAUGAAAGAUUCAUGGAGAAGUGUCAGGAUUUUGACUCGCGUUUGGCUUGUAUAUUCAUACAGGUCUUUGAUGAAUGUUACAACAUGGAAAGCAUUUUCAAAUUUAUCAACAUAUCUGGUACGCUAUUGGACCGGCCCGCUAUAAGGAACGCGAUAAUUGGAAAGUAUGCCUUUUUAAUACAAUACUUUUCCGAAGAAGUGGACAUGGUGAAAGUUCUAUUUGACGAAGGCAAAAAGAAUGGUAUACCAAUAAAUCUGAAUUUCCCUCCAGUGGCCGGUAUUUUGUGGUGGUUGUACAAACUGAAGCAAAGGAUACUCAAACCUGGCGAAGAUUUUAAAUUGUUGGAAAACAAAAUCGUCGAAAGCCCCGACGCUCUAUAUGCGUUCUCUAAAUGGGAGCAGAUGUUACUUCUCAUAGACGAUGAAUUCUCAAAAGUGCUAUCCGAAUGGAUGGAUCGUGCACCAGGCCAAAUCUCAACAAGUUUAAGCAAACUUCGCAUAGUUCGAAAUGGAGAAUUAAUUUCGUUAAACCUUGACGAUGAAUUAGUUGCGAUUUUACGUGAAGUUAAGUAUAUGAAAAUGUUAGAUAUCACCGAUUUUGCGCCGGACAUUGAAGAGCUAUUCCAGCGAAAUGAAGAAUUGUUCCAAAGCUGUCAGCAACUGAACACAAUCGUGGAAUAUUACAAUCACCUCAAGACGAAUACUUUGCCUGAAGAAUAUGCGUUAUUCAAAGACGAAAUGGAUCAGAUAAAUGUUCAAUUGAACGUUUUAAUCGAUUCGAUUGAUUGGACAGUAAACAGUGAUGAGUUUGUGAAGAACCUAUACGAUAACAUAAAGCAGCUGUAUGACCGUGUCCUCGCAGCGCAAAAGAACAUUGGUAGUAUUAUUGCAGAAAUUCAGAGUUGGGGAAAGGAACCGCUCUACGAACGUAAAGAAGGCUUGUGCAAGAACACCUUACAAUUAGAUGACAGACUUGAGCGGCUAAACAAGCGUUAUGGGCAAAUAAGCGCAACCUCACGUAAUGCUGUGUUUGCCCUCCAACUUAACUACAAGCUGUUUUUUAACAUUGAAGAUGAACCUGAGGAGAUAGAAGAAGUUCAAGAAGAAGUUCUGGUGGAGGAACCUAAAGAACCUCCCGGCAAAAAAGGCGCCAAACCUGAACCGAAAAAGGACAAGAGAACAUCAGAAAUUAAACCGCACGAGUCCAAAGAACAAGAAGCCAAACGCCUAAAAGAAGAGGCAAAAGAAGAACUGCGCCAAAGCAGGGAGUUGCUAUGGAGGCCUUACGAAAUGCACGUUGAUAACUUAAUCCUAAACGUAAUGUUAAAUGCAAUUAAAACCAGCGUAAACUACUUGGAAGAGGAGUCAUCGACUGUCAAGAACCCAAACUUAUUUCCUUUAUUCGAACUUCUACUGGAAAUUCACGACGACGAAGUCGUGUAUGUUCCUUCUAUUGAUCCUGACGAUAUUUCCGGUUUUUUGAAUCUGGUAAGGUCACUUAUUGAGGAUAUGUACUGUAUGGCAAAAUGCAUGGCGAGAAUUGAUAAAACGAACGAGGACCCUGAUUACCUUAACGACGCGCUUGCUUGUGCGGAUAUUAAAGACACAAAUCUACAAUUCAUAGCGCGCGUGAAAAGCGGCAUGGAAGCGGCCGAAGAAUAUUUAGGUAUUUUUGACGAUUACGCUUAUUUAUGGCAGGACGAUCGGCGGGAGUACUUGCAAUAUUUUUUGCGAUUUUCCAGAAUGCUAUCGUAUGAAGAGAUCGAAAUGCUUAAGGAGGAUGAAACGGCGAUCAAAGAAAGACCCCCAACAACCGUUCAAUUUAAAGAACAAAUUGAUGUGUACGACGCGUUGUAUAAGACGAUUCACAGUUUCGAUUCAGAAAGGAUUAUAUCUGGGUGGUUACGAAUCGAUGUUAGACCUUUGCGGCAGGCGGUCUUGAAUAUAAUUUGCAAAUGGGGCAGUAUGUUUAAACAGCAUCUUUUUGAGCACGUUAUCAGUAGUUUGAGCGAGUUGGAUUCGUUUGUGGCUGAAGCCAUCGCUGCAUUGCAAGUGGAGCUCUCGGAAGAUGAUUAUGAAGGUCUUCUAUCGGUAAUGGGAUAUUUGGUUAAGAUUAGGGACCGACAGACGGCGACCGACGGAAUGUUCCAGCCAAUAAAAGAAAUUAUGGAGUUACUUAAGGAAUAUGGCGUAGAGUUUUCUGAAGAAAUAUACAUUCAGUUACAGGAGUUACCGGAUAAAUGGAACCAAUGUAAAAAAGUGGCUAUUGCGACAAAACAAGCUGUAGGACCGCUGCAAACAUUACAAAUAGCUGCUAUUAAAAGAAGAAUAGGUUUAUUCGACGUCCGGCAGGCGAUGCACAGAGAUGCUUUCAAGAAAUUGCCAUUCUUCCACUGGGGCUGUCAGAACGUAUAUGCGUUGUUUGACCAUCAGCACCAAGAACUCUGUAAUUUUGAGGACGAACUAAAGAAAUUAGCCGAGCAAGCGACGCUCUUUGACGUACAAUUAUCUGAAUAUAAAUACUUAAAAGUAAGUGCGAGAGAGUUAAGACAAGUGAAGCAGUUAUGGGAUUUUAUUCUGAUUGUAUCAUCCUCUAUGGACGAAUGGAAAACAACUCCUUGGAAAACAAUCGACGUUGAAGGCAUGGAAAUGGAGUUAAAAAGGUUCGCGAAAGAAGUUCGAACAAUGGACAAAGAGUUGCGAGCGUGGAACGCCUACAAUGAAAUGGAAGGUAUUAUCAAGAAUAUGCUAACUUCUCUCCGCGCCGUUACCGAACUACAAAAUCCGGCCAUAAGGGACCGACAUUGGAUUCAGUUAAUGCAAGCAACUAAGGUUAGGUUUGUGUUGGACGAUUCUACAACCUUGAAUGAUUUGUUGCUGCUCAAUCUACACGAAUACGAGGAAGAUGUGAAAACAAUAGUGGACAAAUCGGUAAAAGAGAUGGCUAUGGAAAAAACAUUGAAAGAAUUGAACCAAAAUUGGGUCAAUUUGGAAUUUGAAACGGAGAUCCACGAGCGCAGUAGAUUAAAAUUGUUAAGGGUAUCUGAAGAAAUGAUCGAAAUGUUGGAAGAUAAUCAAGUACAACUGCAAAAUAUGAUGUCCUCGAAGUUUAUUCAGUAUUUUUAUAACGAAGUGUUUGAUUGGCAACAAAAACUUUCAGCGGCUGAUCAAGUUAUUCAAGUCUUCUUUGAAGUACAGCGCAAAUGGUGUUAUCUGGAAAGUAUCUUUGUUGGCUCUGAAGAUAUAAGAAACCAAUUGCCCGAAGAUUCUAAGAGGUUUGAUAGGCUGGACAGAGAAUUCAAAGAUGUUUUAAAUGAGAUACUGAAGGUAAUGAAUGUGAUCAGAUCGACAAAUAAACCGGGCUUGGUCGCCCGUUUGGAACGAAUUUUGGCAGAUUUAGUUCUUUGCGAGAAAGCUUUGAACGAUUAUUUGGAAACGAAGCGUCUGGCAUUUCCCAGAUUUUACUUUGUGUCGUCUUCAGAUCUUUUAGAUAUAUUAUCAACCGGAAAUCAACCGCCAUUGGUAGCGAGACAUUUAACGAAGCUAUUCGAUUCAUUGGCCAAAUUAAAGUUUGCAAUGGAAGGGGGAAAAGAAUCAAAAAGGGCAAUUUCUAUGGGUUCGAAGGAGAAUGACGAGUGGGUACCGUUUACCGCAGAUUGCGACUGUAGUGGUAAAGUGGAGAUAUGGUUAAAUAGAGUUAUUGGUAGCAUGCGGGUAACUUUACAUAAAUGUUUCCACGAGGCGGUAUUCGCUUAUGAUGAGAAGCCAAGAGAUCAGUGGUUGUUUGAUUAUCCCGCCCAGCCGGCUCUUUGCGGUACUCAAAUUUGGUGGACGACGGAAGUCAAUAUGUCGUUUGCGCGAUUAGAAGAAGGAUACGAAAACGCGCUCAAGGACUACCAGAAGAAACAGAUUACGCAGUUAAAUGCUCUAAUUAUUUUAUUACUGGGCGAUUUAACAGCUGGCGAGAGGCAAAAGAUUAUGACAGUUUGCACCAUUGAUGUACACUCCAGAGACGUUGUGGCUAAAAUGAUAUUGAUUAGGGUAGAAAAUUCGCAAGCGUUUCAGUGGCAAAGUCAGCUUAGACACCGAUGGGACAGUAAAGUGAACGACUGUUUCGCAAAUAUUUGCGACGCGCAGUUCCAGUACCAGUAUGAAUAUUUGGGCAACACUCCUAGGCUAGUUAUUACGCCAUUAACUGAUAGAUGUUACAUUACUCUGACGCAAAGUUUACAUUUGGUAAUGGGAGGUGCUCCCGCUGGACCAGCUGGUACGGGCAAGACAGAAACUACAAAAGAUCUGGGGAAAGCUCUAGGGAUUAUGGUGUACGUGUUUAAUUGCUCAGAACAGAUGGAUUAUAAAUCUGUUGGUGCGAUAUUCAAAGGGUUAGCUCAAACCGGUACUUGGGGAUGUUUUGAUGAGUUCAAUAGGAUAUCUGUGGAGGUACUAUCUGUAGUUGCAGUGCAAGUAAAAACUAUCCAAGAUGCCAUAAAAACGAAGAAAACUAUUUUCAAUUUUCAAGGAGAGAUCAUCGCAAUGAUACCGACUAUCGGAUACUUUAUCACGAUGAAUCCUGGUUACGCAGGUAGAACAGAAUUACCUGAAAAUUUGAAAGCACUAUUUCGUCCUUGCGCGAUGGUUGUACCGGAUUUCGCACUGAUUUCCGAAAUAAUGUUAGUGGCCGAAGGCUUCCAGGAGGCGCGAUUAUUAGCGAGGAAAUUUAUUACAUUAUAUACAUUAUGCAAGGAGCUGCUAAGUAAACAAGACCAUUACGACUGGGGACUUAGGGCGAUUAAGUCGGUCUUGGUGGUAGCCGGCGCCCUCAGGCGAGGUGAUAGAAAUCGCCCCGAAGAUCAGGUACUGAUGAGAGCCCUGAGGGACUUUAAUAUUCCAAAAAUUGUGACUGACGACGUUCCCGUUUUCAUGGGUUUAAUUGGUGACUUGUUUCCGGCGCUUGACGUGCCCAGGAAACGCGAUCUUGAGAUGGAGAAAUUGGUGAAGGCUUCUGCCAUAGAUUUAAAUUUGCAACCAGAGGAUGGGUUUGUUUUGAAAGUGGUCCAGCUUGAGGAAUUGUUCGCGGUACGACAUUCUGUGUUUAUUUUGGGUUUCGCGGGAACCGGAAAAACUGGCGUCUGGAAAACGCUCAAUAGGACAUACUACAACCAAAAACGUAAGCCAUUUUACAAUGAUCUCAAUCCGAAAGCGGUGACCAACGACGAGUUGUUUGGGAUAAUAAAUCCCGCAACUCGCGAAUGGAAAGAUGGGCUGUUUUCUGUGAUUAUGCGUGAUAUGGCGAAUAUGCCAGGCGAUGGUCCCAAGUGGAUUAUACUGGAUGGAGAUAUCGAUCCCAUGUGGAUAGAGUCUUUAAACACACUAAUGGACGACAACAAGGUCUUGACUUUGGCCAGUAAUGAACGCAUCGCCUUAACAAAGUGUAUGCGUUUGCUGUUUGAAAUUGCAAAUUUGAGAACAGCGACCCCAGCUACCGUUUCCCGAGCAGGUAUUCUAUACAUCAAUCCAGCUGAUCUGGGCUGGAAUCCUUACGUAACUUCAUGGAUUGACACCCGAAAUGAAAACGAGAAAACCAACUUAGGAAUACUGUUCGAAAAAUACAUCCCACCAUGCUUAGAAAUGAUGAAAAAACUUAAAAAAAUCACACCAAUCGUAGACAUUGCUCACAUUCAUAUGUUGUGCUAUUUACUUGACGGUUUCUUGACUCCACACAAUCUACCUUCCGAUUGUCCUAAGGAGUGGUAUGAGAUCUACUUUGUGUUUUCCUUAAUAUGGGCCUUUGGAUCGGCACUAUACCAAGAUCAAAUAGUCGACUGGAGAAACGAGUUUAGCAAGUGGUUCACGAACGAGUUUAAAACGGUCAAAUUUCCGGCAACUGGAAAUGUUUUCCAAUAUUACAUAGAGCCAGAGACGAAAAAAUUUAUGCCUUGGAGUGAUCUGCUCCCACCAUACGAGUUUGAUCCUGACAUUCCUCUUCAAUCGGCGUUAGUCAAUACGGCGGAAACUGUUCGGGUGCGAUUUUUUAUGGACCAGCUGGUGGGAAAUAAGCAUCCCAUAAUGUUGGUUGGGGGAGCCGGUAGUGGCAAAACGGUCAUAGUACAGGAUAAGCUUUCAUCGUUGUCCGAUAAAUAUUCUGUGACGAAUGUGCCAUUUAAUUUUUACACUACGUCCGAGUUGUUACAAAGGGUUCUAGAAAAACCUCUCGAAAAGAAAGCCGGAAGAGUUUAUGGUCCACCUGGAAGCAAGACAAUGAUAUAUUUUAUUGACGAUAUGAACAUGCCGGAAGUUGAUAAAUACUUUACCGUGCAGCCUCACACGUUGCUCAGGCAGUGGAUGGAUUAUCAGCACUGGUACGACAGACAAAAGCUGUCCCUAAAAGACAUUCACAACAUUCAGUUUAUUUCGAGCAUGAAUCCUACAGCUGGAUCAUUUACCAUAGACCCCAGGCUCCAAAGACACUUCAGCGUGUUUGCCAUAAGUUUCCCAACGCAGGACGCUUGCUAUCAUAUUUACUCCUCCAUGUUUUCACAACACUUACAGAACCCCAUGAAUAAAUUUCCAGGUUCCGUAAUUGCACAAUGCAACAGUAUAGUUCUGGCCGCGCUUACUUUACACAACAAAGUAUCACAAACUUUCCUGCCAACCGCCAUAAAAUUUCACUAUGUUUUCAAUUUGAGAGAUUUGUCAAAUAUAUUUCAAGGAAUGAUAUUUGGUAAUGUAGAAACGUCGCCUAACGUAACCAGCUUAAUUCGACUGUUUAUGCACGAAUCGUACCGAGUUUAUGGGGAUAAACUGAUCGAUCGGCAGGACUACGAUACAUUUAUUAAACUGGUAAAUGAGGUAGUGAAGAAAGGAUUUGAGGAGCUGGAAGAGGUCGCGGUGAUGGCGAAACCAUUAAUCUUUUGCCAUUUCGCGGAAGGUAUCGGUGAUCCUAAAUACAUGCAAAUUCGUGAGUACGCCACAUUAUCGAAGUUGUUGGACGAAGCUUUAGCCGGGUAUAACGAUCUUGUGGCGGCCAUGAACUUGGUUCUUUUUGAGGAUGCAAUGAACCACAUUUGUCGAAUUAAUAGAAUAAUGGAAUCUCCAAGAGGAAAUGCACUUUUAGUUGGAGUGGGAGGUUCUGGAAAACAAAGCUUGACGCGAUUGGCUGCUUUCAUAUCAUCUUUAGAAGUAUUUCAAGUGCAGCUGAGGAAAGGCUUCAGUAUGGUAGAUCUGAAAGCAAAUCUAGCGGGGUUAUACUUAAAGGCAGGUUUGAAAAAUGUCAGCACGGUGUUUUUAAUGACCGACUCGCAAGUCGCAGAAGAGGCGUGGUUAGUUGUAAUUAACGAUAUGCUGGCUUCUGGAGAAAUACCUGAUCUUUUAGCGGAUGAUGAAAUCGACAAUAUUUUGAAUGUGGUGAGAGGGGAGGUGAAGGCUUCCGGUAUUGAAGAUACCAAAGAAAACUGUUGGAAAUUUUACAUCAACCGAUGUAGAAAGUUACUGAAAGUGGUGCUAUGUUUUUCGCCUGUUGGGUCAACCUUACGUAUUAGAGGAAGAAAAUUUCCGGCACUUGUCAGCUGUACGGCCAUUGAUUGGUUUCAAGAAUGGCCCAAAGAGGCUCUUCAAUCGGUCUCCCAAAAAUUCUUAAAAGACAUAGAAGUGCUACCUAAAAAACUUGUUAAUUCGGUUUCCCAGUUUAUGUCUAACGUGCACUCCGUUGCAAAUGCCAUGUCCGCCGUGUAUUUGCAAAACGAAAAACGAUACAAUUAUACCACCCCUAAAACGUUUCUUGAGCAAAUAUCCCUUUACUCGAAGUUGCUAACGGAAAAGAUGAGCUUUUUGGAAAACAGCAUCGUCAGAUUAGAAAACGGUUUAACCAAACUGGCAUCCACUGCUGAAGAAGUCGACGGACUUCAAGAAGUCUUGGCCGUCCAAGAGGUCGAGUUGGCGGACAAAAACGCAAAAGCGGAUAAAUUGAUCGUGGUUCUCGGUGUUGAAAAUGAAAAGGUCGAAAAUGAAAAAAAGAUCGCUACGGAGGAAGAAGAGAAAGUUAAAGUUAUUGAAGAAGAUGUGACUGUUAAAGCCAAAAUAUGUGCUGAUGAUUUGGCAAAAGCGGAACCUGCUCUAUUGGCCGCGCAGGAAGCUUUAAAUACAUUGAAUAAGAAUAACUUAACCGAGUUGAAAUCUUUCGGUAGUCCUCCCCAGGCGGUCGUAAAUGUAACAGCAGCCGUGCUCGUACUGUUCUCUCCCAAAGGAAAGAUACCGAAGGAUCGAAGUUGGAAGGAAUGUAAAAUCAUGAUGGCGAAAGUUGAUCAAUUUCUCAACGACCUGAUAUAUUAUGACAAAGAAAAUAUGUACCCAGAAGUUGUGAAAGCAACACUAGAAUAUUUGAAGGACCCGGAAUUUGAUCCCAAAAUUAUUGAAGGUAAAUCUGGCGCGGCUGCAGGUCUAUGCUCGUGGGUUAUAAAUAUAUUAAAGUUUUACGAGGUGUUCGUAGUGGUCGAUCCAAAACGAAAAGCACUUUUAAAGGCGAACCAAGAGCUUUCCGAGGCCAAAGACAAAUUAGUUGCGCUGAAUAAAAAGUUAAACGAAUUGGAGGAACAGUUGGGCAAACUUAGAGCGGAUUUUGAAGACGCAACCGAUGCCAAGUUGAGAUGCCAAGCAGAAGCCGACGCCACGGCACUAAUGAUUGAUCUCGCACAACGAUUAGUUGGUGGUUUGGCAUCCGAAAAAGUGCGGUGGAUAGAAAGCGUUGCUAACUACAAGACUUCAGGGGUGACCAUGCCCGGCGAUGUUCUUUUAGUAACCGCUUUCAUAUCGUACGUAGGAUGUUUUACACGACGCUACAGAAUGGAAAUGAUGAAUGACUAUUGGCUACCUUCAUUAGCCAAACUGGAGGUACCAAUACCAAUGUCGGAAGGUCUAGAUCCCCUAUCGCUUUUAACGGACGAUGCGCAAAUCGCAAAGUGGAACAACGAAGGUUUGCCCAACGAUCGUAUGUCUUCCGAAAAUGCGACUAUUUUAUCAAAUUCCGCGAGGUGGCCCUUAAUGAUCGAUCCCCAAUUACAAGGAAUAAAAUGGAUAAAAACCAAAUACGGCGCGCAGCUCACCAUCAUACGUCUCGCAAUGAAGAAUUAUUUAGAUGUUAUCGAACGGUGCAUCACUAACGGGCAAGUGAUUCUAAUAGAAAACAUCGGAGAAACCUUAGAUGCGGUUCUAGAUUCAAUUUUAAGUCGCGCCUUAAUUAAAAAAGGAAAAGCCAUAAAAAUAGGCGAUAAAGAAGUGGAUUACGAUCCAAGAUUUCGACUGAUUUUGCACACCAAGUUGGCAAAUCCGCAUUACAAACCUGAGAUCCAAGCACAGACGACGCUGAUCAAUUUUACUGUAACGAGAGACGGUUUAGAAGAACAACUUUUGGCCGAAGUAGUCAAAGUGGAACGUCCCGAUUUGGAACAACUAAAGUCGAACUUAACGAAACAACAGAACGAUUUCAAAAUAACGCUGAAGGUUUGCGAAGACAAUCUCUUGGAAAGACUGUCAUCUGCUACCGGAAAUAUUUUGGGAGACGUAGCACUCGUCGAGAAUUUGGAGAGGACGAAGAAGACGGCGGCUGAUAUUCAAAUUAAAGUAGCGGAAGCGAAGAUCACAUCCGUUAAAAUUGACGAUGCCAGAGAACAAUACCGACCUGCUGCAAUUCGUGGAUCGUUACUAUACUUCAUUUUGAACGACCUCAAUAGAAUUAACGCAAUAUAUCAGUUUUCCUUAAAAGCAUUUACGGUCGUAUUUCUGAAUGCCCUAAUUAGAGCAGAACCGGCAGAUAAACUCAAAGAUAGAGUGGUUAAUUUACUAGACAGUAUAACCUUCAUGGUGUUUAUGUAUACUAGCAGAGGACUAUUUGAAUGUGACAAACUGAUAUUCAUGGCUCAAAUGUCGUUUCAAAUACUGUUGCGCGAAAAUGAAAUUAGGGCGGACGAACUCGACUUUCUCCUUCGUUUUCCAGCACUGACAGUCACCUCACCUUUGGAUUUCUUAUCCAAUUUGUGUUGGGGAGGAAUCAAGGCUUUGUCGCAUAUGGACGAGUUCAGAAAUUUGGACAAAGAUAUUGAGGGAUCGGUGAAUCGAUGGAAAAAGUUCGUAGAGAGCGAAUGCCCCGAAAAGGAAAAGUUCCCUGGAGAGUGGAAGAAUAAGAGUGCCUUGCAAAGGCUUUGUAUGAUGCGAGCGCUUAGACCUGAUCGAAUGACUUACGCCGUUGGGACGUUUGUCGACGAAAAAAUUGGAAAUAAGUAUACCUCGGCGAGAUCGGUGGCAUUUGCCAAAUCUUAUGAGGAAACCAGUAAUAUUACACCAACAUUCUUCAUAUUGUCUCCAGGCGUUAACCCACUGAAAGAUGUAGAGGCACUAGGCAAACAGCUGGGAUUCACUUUUGACGGCGGAAAUUUUCAUAGUGUAUCGCUAGGACAAGGGCAAGAGAUAGUUGCCGAAAACGCAAUGGACGUAGCUUCUGAACGAGGAGAUUGGGUAAUUUUGCAAAACAUUCAUUUAGUUGCAAGGUGGUUAUCAAAUUUGGAAAAGAAAAUGGAACAGAAUUCCGAAGGGGCGCACGAGAACUAUCGUUUGUAUCUUAGCGCCGAACCUGGAGGCGAUCCACAUAUUUGCGUGAUACCCCAAGGGAUACUUGAAUCUAGUAUUAAAAUCACCAACGAACCUCCAACAGGCAUGUUCGCCAAUUUGCACAAAGCCUUAGAUAAUUUCAACCAGGACACCUUGGAGAUGUGUACCAAAGAAGCUGAAUUUAAAGCCAUUUUGUUUGCCUUAUGCUAUUUCCACGCAGUGGUUGCGGAACGACGCAAAUUCGGUCCACAAGGAUGGAAUAGAAAUUACCCAUUCAAUGUUGGCGAUUUAACAAUCAGUGUAAACGUGCUGUACAACUAUCUAGAAGGUAACAAUAAGAUUCCCUGGGACGAUUUAAGAUACCUCUUUGGGGAAAUUAUGUACGGAGGUCACAUUACUGAUGACUGGGAUCGACGACUCUGCAAAACCUACUUAAUCGAAUUCAUGCAGUCGGAAUUAUUGGAUGGCGAUCUCGAGCUUGCAGUCGGAUUUCCUGCCCCACCUAAUUUAGACUACAACGGUUAUCACCGGUACAUUGAUGACCGACUCCCACCUGAAUCUCCAUACUUGUACGGUCUACACCCAAAUGCUGAAAUAGGAUUUUUAACAAACCUGUCGGAAAAUUUGUUCAGGACCAUAUUUGAAUUACAACCGCGCGAUACUGGUGGCGGUGGUGGUGGAGGGGUAUCCCGCGAAGAGAAGGUUAAAUCGAUAAUCGAAGAAAUUUUGGAUAAACUAGGGGACGGUUUCAACAUUGUAGAAAUGAUGGCGAAAGUUGAGGAGCGCACGCCUUUCAUAAUAGUCGCCUUCCAAGAAUGUGAGCGAAUGAAUAUCCUCACGAAUGAAAUGAAACGUUCCUUGAGAGAGCUAGCUUUGGGACUGAAAGGUGAGCUCACAAUUACUUCUGAUAUGGAAGCUUUAGAAGAGAGUUUAUUUAUGGACAACGUGCCUGUUUCUUGGGCGAACAAGGCUUAUCCCAGCAUAUUACCGCUCGGUAUGUGGUGCGGCGAUUUGAGCAUUCGAAUUAAAGAGCUCGAAGGAUGGGUAGGAGAUUUUCAAAUGCCUCUCGCCGUGUGGCUCGGUGGGUUUUUCAAUCCGCAAUCUUUUCUAACCGCGAUCAUGCAACAAACGGCCCGCAAAAAUGAAUGGCCGCUUGAUAAAAUGUGUUUAUUGACGGAUGUAACGAAGCGGCAAAGGGAAGAUGUGAGCAGCGCACCAAGGGAAGGUGCAAAUGUGUGUGGCAUGUUCAUGGAAGGAGCACGAUGGGACAUUCCAUCUGGUUCCAUUGCAGAUUCGAAAUUAAAAGAUCUCUUUCCUAUGGUACCCGUGAUUUACAUCAAGGCAAUUACACAGGACAAGCAAGAUCUGAAGAACAUGUACGACUGUCCAGUUUAUAAAACCCGAGGUCGAGGUCCAACGUAUGUGUGGACCUUUAAUCUAAAAUCAAAAGAAAAGCCAACUAAAUGGACGUUAGCUGGAGUCGCUUUAUUAUUGCAGAUUUAAUUGAUGCGAUCGAUCCUUUUUACGUUUGAUUUAGUUACCUAUACCUAUACUACAUAAUAUUAUACACAAUACUGUAGAUAUAUAUUUCUAAUAAACCAAUUAAGUAGA